UUUUCACCCUUUACCUAUGUACCUUCGGAGUUCACAAACCUCUUUCAUCGUGUAGGGUAGUGCUGGUCUUGCAAGAUGGAAAGUUCUGGAGGCCAUCUUCCUUUCAGUUCUCAAAGUUUGGGAGAUGGUGAUAGUAACACGCUAAUUUUGCCGGGCAAGAGGAUGAAGAAAAGAAAAGGGAUGGAACGGGUAGGGACAGUUGAACAUGGCUAUGAACAUUGCAAAGUCCAAUCAAAUAAGAAACAGAAGCUGAGCAAGCCUCAGAAGAAGAAGCUCAAGAAGUUAGAGGAUGACAAGGAGAAGCAACUUCUGUUGGCAAAAGCCAUUAAGACAAUGAAUGAAAACACACUUCCGGACUAUGCAUAUCCUCUUUUGCAGUCGUCGUGUAAUAUCAAUCGGGAUGAGACUAUGAAGGAAAAACGUAGGAGAGCUGUACAUAUAUUGAAAGAAGGAUUGGAGGUUUCACUUGAUGGGCCCUCUAAGAAACAUGAGACAGAAGAGAUUCAUUUGUCCCCAGUUCAUCAAGUUGAAGAAAAAGACAUCAUUCAAAUUCCACCCGUUAGAACAGGAGUUCAUGGCACUGAAGUUGUAAAUUAUAACUAUGUUCCUAAACCUAUUGCUGAUAUUUCCGUCGACAAGAAACCUGAUGAAGUCAGAAGUUCUUCUCCCACGUCUUGUUCUAUUGAUGAAAUAAGAAGCACCUUGUCAAAGGAUAGGACAGAUGGGAACCCUAACUCCAAUGUCAAUGAAUUGAGUAACCUUCCAGAUAUUUCUUCCCUGAGGUCUUCAAAUGUUCCUACUGUUGUGCAUGUAUACAGACCAACUGAGAUUGAAGACAAAAGAAAGGAUCUGCCGAUAGUUAUGAUGGAGCAAGAGAUAAUGGAAGCUAUAAAUGACCAUUCUAGUGUUAUCAUAUGUGGAGAAACUGGGUGUGGUAAAACAACCCAAGUUCCUCAGUUUCUUUAUGAAGCUGGCUAUGGUUCAAGUAAGGGUAUUAUUGGUGUUACUCAACCACGUCGGGUGGCUGUUCUUGCCACUGCCAAGCGUGUGUCAUAUGAGCUUGGUCUUCACCUAGGAAAGGAGGUUGGUUUUCAGGUCAGAUAUGAUAAGAGGAUUGGAGAAAGUUGCUCUAUCAAGUUUAUGACUGAUGGAAUUUUGCUACGAGAAGUUCAGAAUGAUAUUUUACUGAGGCGUUAUUCUGUCAUAAUUCUUGAUGAGGCUCAUGAGAGGAGCUUGAACACAGACAUUCUGAUCGGAAUGCUCUCACGAGUAAUUAAAACUCGUCAAAUGAUUUAUAAUGAACAGCAGAAGAUGAUGCUUUCAGGGGAAAGUAUAAGUCCUGAAAAACUGGUUUUUCCACUAAAACUUGUGCUUAUGAGUGCCACCUUGCGAGUACAAGACUUUACUUCUGGAAGGUUAUUUUGUACUCCUCCACCUGUGAUAGAAGUUCCUACAAGGCAAUUUCCAGUAACAGUAUACUUCUCAAAGAAAACAGAGAAAACAGAUUAUAUUGGAGAAGCAUAUAAGAAGGUCUUGGCAAUUCACAAGAGGUUGCCACCUGGGGGCAUACUUGUCUUUGUUACAGGACAAAGGGAAGUAGAGGACUUGUGCAGGAAGUUACGCAAAGCUUCAAGGGAGUUUAUCAAGAAAAAUGUUGAAGGGUCCAUGGAAAGUGAUAGUACUGCAGUCCAUGAAACAAAUUCUGUUGAAGGAAUCAAUAUUAAUGAGAUCAAUGAAGCAUUUGAGGUUCAUGGAAGCUCGUCCAUUCAGCAAACUGAUAGAUUUAGUGGCUAUGAUGAAGAUGAGAAAGAUGUAAAUGAGGAUGAAUCAGAUUUUUCUUAUGAUUCAGAAGCAGAGAGUGAACUGGAAUUCAAUGAUGAUGAUAAUCUUCAGCAUUUGGAGAACAAAAGUAAUAAUGUGGAUAUCUUAGGACAGGAAGGAAGUCUUGCUUCACUGAAGGCUGCCUUCGAAAAAUUGUCUGGGCAAGCUCCAUUAAGCUCCUCAAAUGGGGAGCAGACAUUUCCUAUGAAUACAGAAGGUAAUUUAGACCAAUCAAAAGUUUUCAGGGAGAAAAGAGCUAGAGAAAACUGCAGUCCUCCUGGUGCACUCUUUGUUCUGCCUCUGUAUGCCAUGCUUCCUGCAACAGCUCAACUUCGUGUAUUUGAGGAAGUCAAGGAGGGAGAACGGCUUGUUGUCAUUGCCACAAAUGUUGCUGAAACAUCUUUAACAAUCCCAGGGAUAAAGUAUGUGGUUGAUACUGGAAGAGAAAAGGUGAAAAAUUAUGACUCCUCUAAUGGCAUGGAAACAUAUGAAGUACAAUGGAUAAGUAAGGCAUCUGCCGCUCAACGUGCAGGCAGAGCUGGAAGAACUGGACCUGGGCACUGUUAUCGUCUCUAUUCUUCUGCUGCCUUUAAUAAUGAAUUUCCUGAGCACUCUCCUGCUGAAGUUGAGAAAGUACCUGUUCAUGGUGUGGUCCUUCUCUUGAAAUCCAUGCAUAUUAAGAAGGUUGCAAACUUCCCAUUUCCUACUUCUCUAAAAGCUGCUUCUCUGCUCGAGGCUGAGAAUUGUUUGAAAGCUCUUGAAGCACUUGAUAGCAAGGAUGAACUUACUGUUUUGGGCAAAGCCAUGGCACACUAUCCCUUGAGUCCUCGUCAUUCUAGAAUGCUCCUCACCGUUAUUAAAAAUACAAGACACCAGCAUAAAUGUAAUCAAAAUCUGCUUUUGGCAUAUGCGGUUGCAGUUGCUGCAGCUUUGAGCUUGUCAAAUCCUUUUAUAAUGCAAUAUGAAGAUGAUAGCAGCAGAGAUUCAGAGAUGUCUGAGAAAUUUAGCAUGGGUGACAGAGGGAAAGACAUUGAUAAAAAAGAGAAGUUGCGGAGAAAGAAACUAAAAGAAACUGCUAAAGUUGCAAGAGAAAAGUUUCGAGUUGUUACUAGUGAUGCCCUAACCAUAGCUUAUGCUUUGCAAUGUUUUGAACAUUCACGAAAGUCAGUAGAAUUCUGUGAUGAAAAUGCAGUGCAUUUCAAAACAAUGGAUGAAAUGUCCAAGCUUCGACAACAGCUACUCAAACUGGUCUUUUAUCAGAGUGAUAGAGGUGGUUUUGAAGAAGAGGACUCUUGGAUUCAUGGAAAUUUAGAGGAUGUAGAACAUGCAUGGCAGGUUUCUUCUAAAAAAUAUCCUCUUUCUCUGGUUGAGGAAAGGCUCAUCUGUCAAGCAAUAUGUGCUGGUUGGGCAGAUAGGGUUGCUAAACGCAGUACAGUUUCUUCUAGGGCCUCCAAUGGAGAGAAACCUUUUCGUGCUGUUAGGUAUCAAUCAUGCAUGGUUGAUGAAAGUGUUUUCCUUCAUCGUUGGUCAUCUGUUUCCAUUGUAAGCCCUGAGUUUUUGGUUUACAAUGAACUGUUAGAGACCAAAAGACCAAACAAACAAGGGAUAACAAGUGCCAAGAGAGCAUAUAUGCAUGGAGUAACAAGUGUGGAGCCAGCUUGGCUAGUUGAACAUGCAAAGUCUUCAUGCAUCUUCUCUCCUCCCCUGACGGAUCCCAAACCUUAUUAUGAUGCCCAGACUGACCAAGUAAAAUGUUGGGUAAUCCCAACCUUUGGACGUUUCUGUUGGGAGCUUCCAAAGCAUUCAUUGCUCAUUAGCAAUUAUGAACAUCGGGUGCAAGUGUUUGCCUAUGCUUUGCUUGAAGGCCAGGUGUGUCCAUGUUUAAAAUCUGUUCGAAAAUGCAUGUCAGCCCCUCCUGAAAGUAUUAUGAAGAGAGAAGCAUUUGGUCAGAAAAGGGUGGGAAAUCUUUUAAGCAAGUUAAAUAGCAGGCUGAUUGAUAGCUCAGCUAUGUUAAGAAUAGUGUGGAAAGAGAAUCCAAGGGAAUUGUUUUCAGAAAUUUUGGAUUGGUUUCAGCAGAGUUUUCACAAACACUUUGAAAACUUAUGGUUACAAAUGCUUAAUGAAGUGCUUAUGGAAACACAAGAACGCCCUCUGCAUAAAAGUAUUAAAAAAAAGGGAAAAUCUAAAGCCGUGCGAUGAUUGCUCAACUCUUAAAAGGAAAAGAAUGCAUCACAGUUUUAACCACAGCCAGCGGUGGGUUGACAAGAAAUGGUGGGCAUCUCCAUCACUGUAUUCAUCCUAAAUUACCUCAGCACGCUAAUUUCUACCAUAGCAUGCUCAACCACAUUCCUUUACUAAUUUACCCGCACGAGAGAUGCUUUUCUUUCGUCCUUUGGUAUACCCAAACUUGAUGGAAGCUGUGCAGCAUCAUGGAGGAAAAAAAAUAAAAAAUUGGAUGAGUUGAAACAUGACAAUUUUGUUGCUUCUUAGCCUUGUAUCAUGCUGAAUUUAUUGGCUAGGAAUUUUUUAGUGAGUAGACAAAAAGUAGGUGGUUAUAGUUGCCAAAUUUAAAUUAUUUGGUGAAGUAAAGAUUACUAGCAACUGGUGAAGAAGAUAUACUGCUUCAAGCUACACCAUUAACAAUUUUAUACUCCCAAGCUUACAUCCAAUCUAGGUGAUUUCUGCUCCAUGUUUCAGGAGCAUAGAAAAUGUAUACAUCAGCAUAAUGAAAAUUUAUGGUUAGUGUUUCUUUUCUACGGCUCUCCAGUGCAUAAUUUUGAUGUAACGAGAAUUAUAAAGCCAUUGAAAUUAACUGCGACAAAAUGCUU